GUUGCCAUUUAGGGACAGACACCCACCCUAUUUAUAUUUUAACUAAUGUAUUGCCCCAUUGAUUGCAAGUAGCCAACCUAUUGUAUAUACUAUUGCCCAGUACCCAUACAAAUGAAGAAAGGAAUGUGUUAAGGGGCUUGGCAGGCGAAUGCAAAGACUUCAAAUGACACUGUGUGGACACAGACUCUGCGGACAGUCAGUAACAGAGAGGAAAAGGUAUCAGACAACUAAGAAGAUCUCUACAAAGUUUCUAAUACCAUGGGCUGGCACGAUGGCUGUGUUCGCUGUAUGGUUGGAGUACCAGUUGCUUCAGUCAUUGCCACUGUCCUUUGUUUUGUCGGUGUGGCUCUGUUUUGCGGAUGUGGCCAUGAAGCUCUCAGUGGAACUGAGAAAUUGAUUGAAACAUACUUUUCCAAGAAUUACCAGGAAUAUGAAUACCUCAUUCAUGUGAUUAAUGGCUUCCAAUAUGUGAUUUAUGGCAUAGCCAUCUUCUUCUUCUUGUUUGGCAUUCUGCUCCUGGCUGAGGGAUUUUACACCACCACUGCAAUCAAACACAUCCUUGGGGAAUUUAAGCCAUCAGCUUUAAAAGGAGGUCUUAUCUCGACUGUUACAGGUGGACCACCUAAAAGUAGAAGUUCGAGAGCAAGGCACCCAGUCCACACUUUAGAACUACUUUGUCGUUGCUUGGGGAGGUGGCUAGGACACCCCGACAAGUUUGUUGGUGUUACCUAUGCUGUGACGAUCCUGUGGAUUUUGAUCUUCGCCUGCUCUGCUGUUCCCGUCUACAUUUAUUUCAACACUUGGAUCACAUGUCAGUCUAUUGCAUUUCCUGCUAAGACUUCAGCUGGCAUCAGUAACCUUUGUGCUGAUGCACGUAUGUAUGGGGUUCUGCCAUGGAAUUCUUUUCCUGGGAAAGUGUGUGGAGCCAGUCUACUUGCUAUCUGCAAGACCAGUGAGUUUCAAAUGACAUUUCACCUUUUCAUUGCUGCCUUUGUGGGUGCAGCUGCAACUCUUGUGGCUCUGCUCACUUAUAUGAUAGGUGCAUCUUUCAACUAUGCUGUGCUCCGAGUUACUGGCCUAAGUGAUCGUUCAAAGUUUUAGACUCCAAGCUGAGGACUGAGUAAAAACUGUCUUCACCAUUCCAUGUUCAUUACUUAUUAUUUGGAUUAUUUUUUAUUUAAUUUCAGAGUUUUAUUAACUUGACUGGUGGCUUCCAUAACUGGACUGCCCUUUAUUUCCAGCUCAUAAAGUUUUUAUCUUGAAAAUAAGCUAUCCAUCUGAAUUUAUUGCUAUGUCUAACUCUGGAAUCUGUACAAUUACACAUUGUAUUCCUAAAAUUAAAAAAGCAGUGAUGUUGUGAAAUUAAAGUACAUGAUUCAGUUGGAAACCACUUUACUUGUUGAAGAUCAGGGGGAUAAAAAGAAAAUCUAUUAAAAAAAAAGAAAAGAAGUAAGGAUAUAGAAGAAAAAAAUAUUUAAAAAUUGUUUUAGAUGAACUCCAUAUUUUAUACAAAAAUAUCCCAUUAUUAGAUUUGAGAUGCUACUCAAGUUUUUUAAAUAAUUAAAUGUACAUUGUACCAAUCUAAAGCGAGGUUUGUAAUGGACACAGCAUUGGUACCUUUACUAGUAGAUAAUCAGCAAGACAUUAAAAUACAAAAAGAUAAAGUAUGAUACCGGAGACUUAACACUGAAAUACUUUCCUUGCUGCACAUCAACCAAUUUCUCCAGCACACAAAUGCAAUAAUACACAUUCUGCAACUAUUUAAAGUAAUUCUAAAUGUAAGUUAUAACAAUCCAUAAGAAAUAUACUGAACUUUUAUAUUAAAUUGCAUUAAUUUUAUUAGAAGCACAGGUAAAUAAGAUAAAACAAAACAACUGAUCCAUUAGUAAAUAUAUGGAAAACAUAUCUAAAUUAGGGGCAGAUGUAUUAACCUGGAGAAAGCAUAAGGA